ACUUUGUUUAGUUCACGCGGAACAUAGGUGAACAUUGAUGUUCACAGUUUGAAAGAGGCCUGUCACCUGUCACAAUUAAUUCCUGUCACCUAGACAAAGCGCUUUUAUCCUUUAUCAAGCAGGAAAUCUUUCCGGACAAAGGCUUCUCAAGCACAGUUGCACGUACCCGCAUUCCAGCGUCAGUUGCCCUCGCGCGGUGAGAUCGAUAUUGCAGUUAAAAGCAGAAACAUUCAACAGGAGUAUAUCAUUUACGAGCAAAACGAGCCGCGAACUACAUGCAACAUAAUCAUGAGCUCCAAACCUUGCCGUGUUGCUCAAUGGACUCCUUCUGACUACAAAUUUCUUGACAAGUGGUUAGACAACUUGAUCAUAGAAGUUCAAAUUAAAUACAAAGAUAAGUUAGCGCUAUUGAUGGCUCUUCAUCCUCCAGCUGAAGAUGAAGAAACAGCUAGUGGUGAAACUCCGCCGGUAGUUGCUCACAGUACAAUGGAAGACCUCGGUCUCCAUCCACCCGUUCAAGAAUUAUUGAAAGCUAUCAUCUCCAACCCCGAGAUCAACAUGUUUUUCCAUCAAAUGUUUUCGCAACAGUUCAAGAAUUCAGAUAGUUCGAAAGGGACAAGGAUCCCUUGCUGGCAACUGAUGAUUGUUUUAAUCGACCACAUCAUGACUACAGCUCCAGAGUACAACAAAACCAGUUUGGUUAGUUUCCCCAUCAACGCAAUCCUGAACUGGCCGAUGGCUACGACCGCUGGAUUUGCUGCUUUCCUCAACGACAAAAUCAACAGGUUGUUCAAAAGUAUUCUCAACUAUUGGGGAAAGUUUCUUUCCAGUUCUGCUUCUUGUUACGUAUUGAAUGAUGAUCCUCGUCAUGGUUGGUUUGGUGAAGACGCAAUGCAAGCAAUGCCAAACUUCGACCUAGAGUUCAAAUGCAAGCCCAGAGAAAAACAUCAUGGUUUUACAUCAUGGGAUGAUUUCUUCACCAGAGAGUUUCGUAAUGGUAUUCGUCCAGUAGAAUUUCCAGGCGACGAUUCCGUUGUUGCAAAUGCCUGUGAGUCGGUGCCAUAUCAGAUCUCUACAGCCGUGAAAAACAGGGACUUCUUCUGGAUAAAGCACCAACGGUACUCAUUGGACUUCAUCCUAAACAUGAGUGACCUUGCCAAGCAAUUUUAUGGUGGAACCGUCUACCAAGGGUACCUAAGUGCCACCAGUUACCACCGAUGGCACAGUCCUGUGUCGGGCACUAUUUACAAGACAGAACUCGUAGAUGGUUCUUAUUUAUCUGUAACCCACGACAUUCAGGAUAACCCCGCACCGCCCAACAUAUGCAUGUCACAAGGAUACCUAGCCCAAGUAGCUGCCAGGGGUAUUAUCUACAUUCAAGCUGAUAAUCCCGAUAUUGGCUUGAUGUGCUUCGUGUCAAUCGGUAUGGCAGAGGUGUCCUCCAACGAAAUCACCGUUAAAGAAAAGGAUAGAGUGAAGAAAGGUGACCAGCUCGGCAUGUUUCACUAUGGUGGGUCCACCCAUCUUCUGAUAUUUCGCCCCGAAGUUAAAAUUGAGUUCGAUACGAGAGGUCAAACGCCAGGUCUGCAUACCGAUAAUAUUCUGGUGAAAUCGAAAAUUGCGACCGUACAUCCACAAUCUUAAGGAUUUUGGCAAAAACAUCUUGAUUUUGUCAGUGUUCGGUGUGAACAUGAUAAUUUUCUUUCUUUCCUCCUAGGAGAUGUCUCUUGACAAUUAGGAAAUUGAAUUUUUUUUUAUUUUCACCUCGUCAAUUGUUACUAAAGUGUUUGGCAAGAACUAAAUUUAGAAAUAUCCUUGCUUCGUGUCUGUGAAUUGUUUAGGCCUGUUAGAAUAUUUUGGAACCCUUAUGCGAGUCUCGUGAGCCUUGGUUUGUUAUGUGCUGCAAGACCACACAUUUAUUUUACCUUUUGAGUAUUUGGUCCUCGACCGUUGUAAUAGGCCUGUUGUACGAUAAUUGUCAUCGCUGGCCGUGUUUUCGCUAGUCCUUGCUUAGAGUCCUCAUGGGGAAAUUUUGCUCGAGGUUUUAACCAUCGAAGUUUGGAAGUAUUUCGAGCAAAACUUUUUUGUGCCACAAGCAUGUCUAAUAAUUGAUGGUGUAUUUUCAAACCGAAGCCUUUAAUAAUUUAUUCUAGCAUUUGUGAUGUGAGUUCUUAGAAAAACUAUUAACCAAAAGUUUCUUAACUCACAUUUGGAGUGAAAGAUAUUCUCAUGAUUUACCGAAAGUGCGAUAAUAGUAAACUUAAUCCUCGAUGUGCACAUUGCCAUUUCGUUGAUUUCCGAUAUGUAGAAAUAAAGU